AUAUAUAUAUAUAUAAAAUGAAAUCAAUCAAGUUGGGCGGGUAGGGGAUCCCUCCCUACGAAGCUGGGGAAGAACACGGAAGUACCCCACACCAUAAGCUACGGUGCACACGCAGGGGAAAAGAGAAUCUCAUCUCCUUUCAUUCCUAGUUGGCUACGGAUUUUUGGCAUAUAAAUAGGGUUCUCUUCUUCGUCUUUGUAUACUUUUCUCUUCUCUUGCUCACACACUCCCCACUUUCCCACGUUCAUUAUACAACAAACAAACAAAUUUUACUACUAUUCAAAUUCCUUUUAGCUAGCUUUCCAUAUUAUAUAGUACUACACAAUCAUAUAUACAUCCAACAUUGUAUUCUCUUUUUGGUUAGUGAUUCAUUAAGGUUUCUUAAUAUUCCACAAGGAUUCUGUUCCUCUGUAAAUUCCUUUCUGCCACAAAAAGAAGAACAAAAUCCCCCGAUUAUUUUGUUUUCCACAUCCUACAGUUAUGGUACGUCCUUUUUGUCUCUUGAUUUCUCCUUUACAAUCUGAUGAAAAGGAGGAUUGACUUUUGGUAACUUUUUGUUUUAUGUUUUUGCAGGCAACUGAAAUCGACAACGUCAAAUAUGAAGAGGUAAAGAAGAAAAAGAUUUAAUUUUUUUUUUCUUCUGAUUUGAUUUUGUUGAUUUGUUUAAGGAUUUAAAUGGAGGAUGCAUGAAGCAUCUAAUGGGUUUUUGUUUAUGGGUCGAUUUUUUUUUUUGUUUUUGGAUGUAACAGGAAUUUAUUCUAAAUGGUAAAGGAUUGAAGCUUUUUACUUGUAGAUGGCUCCCAACAAAUUGUGACCCGAAAGCUCUGAUUUUCUUGUGCCAUGGUUAUGCCAUGGAGUGCAGCGUCUCCAUGAAAGGUAAUUUCAUCCGAACUCCAUCCAAACUCCAUGAUAUAUGAACCAUCGAGAUUCAGGACAUUUUUUUUCUCUUUCUUUCUCCACAACAGAUGCUGCAAUGAGGCUUGCAAAAGCAGGAUUUGCUGUUCAUGGGAUUGAUUAUAUUGGACAUGGAAAGUCAUCUGGUCUCCCUGGUUACAUAACUAGCUUUGAUGAUCUCGUCGAUGAUUGCUCUGAUCAUUUCACUAAUAUCAGCGGUAUGAAUUUUACCCAAAAUCAUAUCUUUUCUUUCUCUGUUUCCUCUGUUUCAUCCGCAAUUCAGUGAUUCAGUCAAAUGUUGAUUCAAAAACAAAUUAAUGAUGGUAUUUUUUCCAUGAUUGUCAAACUUGCAGAGAAGAAAGAAAACAGGAAGAAGAUGAGAAUACUGCUGGGAGAAUCCAUGGGAGGAGCAGUGGUACUGCUGUUACACAGGAAGAAACCAGAGUUUUGGGAUGGUGCUGUUCUCAUGGCUCCUAUGUGCAAGAUUGCCGACGAAAUGAAGCCAUCUCCAUUGGUCACCAAUGUUUUGACGAAACUAUGCAACUUCAUCCCAACAUGGAGGAUUAUACCAACCGAAGAUGUUAUUGAUUCAGCAUUUCGGCUUCCUCAUAUUAGAGAAGAGAUUAGAACAAAUCCAUUGUGCUACAAAGGACGGCCACGCCUCAAAACUGGCUAUUAUCUAUUGACAGUCAGCAUGGACUUGGAACAAAGACUGCAAGAGGUGUCCCUACCAUUUAUUGUUGUUCACGGUGAAGAGGAUAAAGUCGUCGAUCCAUCUGUUAGCAAGCUGUUGUUUGAGAAAGCGUCCAGCACUGACAAGUCGAUCAAGUUGUACCCAGGAAUGUGGCAUUCUCUUACCUACGGGGAGUUGCCAGAGAACAUAGACAUUGUGUUUACAGAUAUCAUCAACUGGUUAGAUGAAAGAACAGUCGCAGGCAACUCGCGGCUGGAAACCGAACGAAAACAUGAACAUGACAAGUUAUACGAUGAAACCAGCAAGUGAAGCUUGCAGGAUUUAUGAAAACGCAUUUAGGUGUAGCAGCAGUUAUAUCUUGUAAAAAAGCUUGUGUACUUCAAAUCAUUUAUUUUUCUAAAGAGGAAUAAAAGCAUUUCUAUCAUCUUUCCAAGUGACCUAUAUGCAAUCAAAAACAAUCAUUAAAAGAAACUACAAUUAGUUUAUAUUUGCCAAAAAGAUGUAAACUUGACGGAGCCAGCGACAAGGGAUAGAGAAAUGAACUCGUCUACAUAGGGAACACCUGUUCAGCUUUUAUUCACCUAAUGGACCCCUGACAAUGUACUCUAAUAUCCUUCCAUCCCAAAUUCAAACACGAGACAGCAGUAGUAGCUCAAUCAUAGACUGUAGCUUCUGCAAGUUGGAUCUACAUUAUACCAGCAGCUAAUGCUCAUGCACCCCAUUCACAUGGAAAAAUCCUAAUAGGCUAAAAGAAUGCUCACUGAAGGUAAAAGAGGUUCGCCUACUGAAUGAGGAGGCCUGUUUGGGAAUGUUGAUUCUAAGUAUCAAGGAAGCAUAGUAUUAAGUUCAGGUAUGCUAAUCAACUGAUGGCCCUCAUUUCCAUUGACAUGACCAAUAAUAUACGGUACAAAAUCAGAUACCAACGAUAACAACACAUAAACUGGAAAGCAGGCGACGAAAUGUGGUGCAUUGAGCUGACAACCACGAACCUUGGCUCGAGUAUGAUCGUUUGUAGUGCACUUUUACGUCCUUUGAUCGAUAAACUAUAACCAGUCUUGUGCAUCAAAUCAUCUGCUAUCUGGCUCUGGAAGUAUAAUAAGACCCCCCCCCCCAAAAAAAAAAAGAACUGAUGUCGAAUUCUGUCUAUGCCCGAUUGCUCUCAUCCUUACAAAGAAUUGUACCCCGAAAUGGAUCAACUUUAGUUUCUCGGACAUGUUUAAAUCUGCAGGUUUCAGAAGUAUCACUUCAAUAUGCCAUCCAAUAGCUCCGUACCUUUUAGUAUGGACUUUGAAUGUCUGCUCAGCUUUAUAAGCCCUCUAAACUUUCCCCUCAAAUAUAUUGGUAAUCUUCAUCUUUCAUUACCUUGGUCAAUUUUCUUAGCUUUGUUUUUAUCUGUUCGAUAUGCGGAUGUGACAAGUCCCCAGCAACAAACACAUGAACUCGGCUCUUGAGCUCAAUCCAACUACAACCUGGCUCCUUAUUGACCCCUCUUAAAUUCAUCGACCUCCUAACACGUUCAACAUCAUUUAGUCUUCCUAAAGCUGAAUAAAUACUCGACAACAAGACAUACGUGGAUGAUUCUGGAGAACCCAACUCCACUAGUUUUUCUCCUGCAUACGCUCCCAACUCAUAGUUUCUAUGAUUUCGGCAAGCACUUAAUAAGAUACGCCACAAUGAUAGUCCAUGAUCAAUAGUUGCUGACUCAAUAAAUUCUUUUGCCUCAUAAAGCUUUCCAGCACGACCUAAGAGAUCAACCAUGCAAGCAUAGUGAUCUACCUUGGGGGGUAAUCCAUAUUCAUCAGACAUCAUUCGAAAAUAUUCCCAACCUUUCUCCACUAAACCCAUGUGGCUACAAGCUGAAAGAACAUUGAUAAAAGUGACAUAGUCUGGCUUGGUAGAAUCCGUUCGCAUAUCUUCAAACAGUUCAAGGGCUUCAACACCCUGCCCAUUAUGUGAAAGACCAGAAAUCAUUGCAUUCCAUGAAAUGACAUCUCUAGAAGGCAUUCUCCAAAAGACAUUAUUCCCAUCGUCAAGACUCCCACAUUUAGCAUACAUAGUGGCAAGAGCACUUCCAAUGGGAGCUUCAAGACUAAAUCCAUACUUGAUCGUGUGGGCAUGUAUCUGCUUUCCUUGCUCCAGACAAGCAAGACUAGAACAAGCUUUUAACACACUGGCUACAGUCAACUCAUUGGGCGCCAUAAACUCCAUUUGCAUUUUACAGUACAAGCUCAUAGCACUUUCAAAAUCCCCAUUCUGAACAUAACCACCAAUCAUGGAAGUCCACAACACAAGAUCAGGCUCUUGCAAAUGGCUGAACCCUUUUUGAGCAUCACAUACGUUACCACACUUAGCAUACAUGUCUACCAAAGCUGUCAUGACAAACAUAUGAGCCUCAUAACCCAGCUUCAACAAAUAACCAUGCACUUGCUUCCCUGGGAGAGCAGCCUCGAUAUCACUGCAUGCAUUGAGCACACCUACAAGCGUGUAUUCACUCGGCACAAUCCCAUAGGAAUGCAUAUUUGAGAACAAGCUCAGUGCUUUUUCGCCAUUUCCAGUUUGAGCAUAACCAGUGACCAUUGCAGACCACGUAAUUGAAUUCUUAUCGUUUGACAGUUCAAAAACCUUGACAGCAUCAUCCAAAUUCCCGCACUUGGCAUACAUUGUAACAACAGCAUUGCCAACUGAAAUGACUGAGAGAAAAUUCAUCUUAAAAGCCAAACAAUGUAUUUGCUUCCCUACGUCAAUAAAUUCCGGUAGUGCUAUGGCGCUAAAAACGCUAGUCAACACAAACUCAUUCACGUCCUCCUCCCCCUCAUCAAGCAUUAGCCUAAAUAACCCACAUGCGUCCUUAACACGCCUUUGCGUAGCAUAACCAGAAAUCAUCGUAGCCCACGAAACCGAAUUCCUUUCAGGCAUUUCAUCGAACAGUUGGCGGCCCUCAUCCACCAGGCCCAUCUUGCAAUACAUGUUGAGAAGAGAACUAUUCACGAACACGUCGGAAGAAUCAGCUGUUUUAACAACAAGAACAUGCGCCUGUCUCCCCACGGACGGGUCCUCAAGAGCGGACAAUGCAGCGAAAAUUCCUGAGAAGGUGUGGGAGUUGGGCAGGAAGUUGGAUUGCCUCAUCUGCUUGAACAGCUUGGCAACCGAAAGAGAGGAGUCUAGUGUGCCCAAUUGAGAGAACCCAUUGAUGAGGCAAUUCCAGGAAACGACGUCCUUGUCCUGAAUCUCUUGAAACACAAGACGGGCUUCGUGCAGACGAUGGCAUUUCGAGUAGAGAUUGACAAGAUUGUUGGAGAGGAAAGUGGAGGAGAAGAGGCCGGUUUUGAUGAGAUGGGCGUGAAGGGAUUGGCCUUUUGGAAGGUUUCUUUGCUGAGUAUGGUUGAGGAGUUUGCUGAAGAUGGUGCGGCUUUGUGCUGUCAAUGCAAAUCCAUGAUUCAUAAGUGGAAGCCUUGCCGGUUUGCACCAAACAAAGUUUCAAUUGAGAGCAGAAUUUUUAUAAUGAGACCAAAUUUUCUUCAAAUACUAAUAUUGACCUUCAACAUAAAUUUUUACAAAUUAAUUUAUCAUCCGCUCAAUUUUCUUGCCAAAUCUUAAUUUUCU